CUCAGUCUGACACACACACACAAACAUCUAUACAACACACACACACUCACACACAACUAUAGACGAGUUCAGCGCUGGAGCCACAAGAGAAAUCACCUAAAAGAACUACAGAGGGAAUAGAGAAAGCAAUCCAGAGUGUGUAUGUGUGCGUGUAUCUGUGUGUGUGUGUGUGUGUGUGUGAUGACACUUUAUCUGACGGGCCUGAAGUGAAGACGCAGGUUGAUUGGUUUGUUCGACUGUUGUCUACUGAUAACACAACGCUGCAGUUACCACCAGCAGGUAAAGGAUUCCUCCACAGAGAUUCACCAACACACCAGAUUGGUCAUUUCUUCUCCUCAUUGACAGCAGGUGAGGCUGUCAUUGUCUUCGCUGAACUAUGGACCAGGAGGAUGACAAAAACUCAUUGGAUAUCCAUGACAACCCUCCAGUUCCUGACAACGUGGUGAAGGAGGAUGGAGACACCGUUUAUUUCAUUUAUGAGGAGGAGGUGGAAGUGGAGGAAAAGGAACCAGAACCUCCUCAGGAACCCAUCGUCAUGGUCAACGAUAAGCCACAUAAAUUCAAGGACCACUACUGCAAGAAACCCAAAUUCUGUGAUGUCUGUGCUCGUAUGAUUGUCUUGAACAAUAAAUUUGCUCUGAGGUGUAAAAACUGCAAGACCAACAUCCACCAUUCAUGCCAGUCCUAUGUGGAGUUCCAGAGGUGUUUUGGUAAAAUUCCGCCUGGCUUCAGAAGGGCCUACAGCUCACCUCUAUACAGCAGUGACCAACCAGAUCCAAACAACCCAAACCGGAACGACCCUGUGUUUGACACGCUGCGAGUCGGGGUCAUCAUGGCGAACAAGGAACGCAAAAAGAAUGAAAAUGACAAGAAAAAUAUGAUGAUGAUGAUGGAGGAGGAGGAAGAGGAAAAUCAACAGCCGAAAGAAAAUGAGGAAGGAGGAGAAGGAAAACCUGAAGAUAAAAAGGACAAAGGAGGAGAUAAAGCAGAUGACAAGGCUAAGACGUUCUCUCAUUCCCACUAUUACAUGGCUCUGUAUCGCUUUAAGGCCAUUGAGAAAGACGACCUUGAUUUCCACCCUGGUGAUAGGAUCACGGUGCUGGAUGACUCUAAUGAAGAGUGGUGGAGGGGUAAAAUGGGGGAUAAAACAGGCUACUUCCCCACCAACUACCUCAUAAAAGUGCGUGCAGCAGAAAGGGUUUACAAGGUGACCCGCUCCUUUGUAGGAAACAGAGAAAUGGGACAGAUUACACUGAAGAAAGAUCAGAUUGUUGUGAAGAAAGGAGAUGAGAAAGGUGGAUACUUAAAGGUCAGCACUGGACGCAAGCUGGGCUACUUCCCUGCUGAUCUGCUGCAGGAAAUCACUAUGGCAUAAACUCCAAUAAGACACGACGCUUUCUUAGAGAUCAGAAUAACAGUUUUCAGCUGCGAACACAAAAAAUAUCUAAAUUAUGUCUUCAUUGUGCCUUUUACAGCAAAGAUUAAAUUGCUGUUUUUGUGCCUUAUGAUGUAUGAAACAGAUUAUGUUUCUUUAAUAAUUACAGUGAUGAAGUACUAAUGUGAUGUUUGUUGUGAAUAGUGUGAUAGAUAUGUUCAAAUGCUUCUACUUUAGUAUCUGUAGAUGCACCGAGGGCCUAAAGAGCCCUGCAAAUAAUAUGAAGUGAUAAAUUUAAGUCUGAAUGAAUCAAUAAAUUAAGUAGUAAAUAAAUUUCACAGUUCUUAAAUAAGUAUUUUUAUGUAAAAGGUACAACAUUUAGUCAUUUGUCUGUUCAGGAAUCAAAUAUUCUAGGUAUUUUUAUCACUAUUUGAAAGGUUGACUGUGUCUUUUAAGAAUAAAUGAGGAAUUAAAGUCGAGCUAUUUCAAUAUAACAUUCAUGUACAUACCUUAAAGAAGAAGAAAAUAGACUGAAGAUCUGUACAUAGUUAAACCCUAUGAUGAAAAGGGAAACAAGACCUGAAUGUCAAACCACAAUGUCUCUGAAGCUGAAAUGUUUGCACUAACUGCUGCUCUUAAAGCUGUGUGACUCAGUGUUUUAAUAUUAAACCUGAAGUGUACUUAAAUGUUACGCGUGAAACAUUUCAUUCCAUAGCCGCUUAUGGGUGUUAAAAGGUUUUUCUGUAAUCAGCUAUGAUGAUGGUGAUGAGCAGGACUUCUAAGGAGGAUAUUUUUAUUCUAAUAUGAAAUUGAGCCCAUCAGGAUUUUCCUUUAAUUUGUCAUAUGUUGGUUUUAAGAGCAUUUUCGCCCUCUAGUGGAAGAAGUCAGUAGAAGAAACAGAUACAGUUUAUUUGCAGUUAAAUUCUCUGGCAUUAGUCUUAGAUUUGGGCUACUUCUAUCAUGUAUUUGAUAUUAUACCAGGGAAGUAAACAUAGACAUGGUAAUACAAGAGUUUUUAAGUACAGUUUGGUGCCAGCUCAUCACUAUGUGGUUCCUUCUGGCCUGAAAGAAGAUAAACUAUAUUUUUCCUUUAUGGGAAAUUAUUGUCUUUAGCUCAGAAUAAAAUAAAAUAAAAUAAAAUAAAAUAUUCAUAGACUAUUUACAUAAUACCAUAUAGUAAUCCUACAUCACCACAUAAUUCAUCUUGUUUCACUAAAUCUUUUGAUUUCCUUCCUCUUAAAGAACCAAAUGUUUCAAUCUAAUAAAAUAAACAGCUACUCAGAGAAGAUGGGCCCAAAUAUCAUAAUCAUCAGCACAGUGAUGCCUAAAAAUACACCUCUACAUCUUAAAUUGAAUGUUAAAUUACAUAUAUCUAUCCACCCAUAGUCUUACUGUUGAAAUAAUGCUUUAAAAUUCAUGAUAUUAGAUUCUCAGCAGAGUUUUGGAAUGCUUAGAUAAAAAUAGACUCAAAACUGGAAAAAUAUCCACUCAUAAACAUAUUUGUAAUAUGCUUUUUGAUCUCAUUGUUUGUUUAUUGUUGCUUUUUUGAUUCAUUUUAAUCUGUGAUACAUCAGACUACAGAGAAAACCUACACCCACAACCAGUAAAGUCUUUUAUUUUUACAGUAUUGUUUGGAGCUGAUUAGCAUUGAAACUGCUUGAAAUAU